GCUCAUAAAUGGAUCCCCGAUCACGCAAGGGUCAAACUGCUUUGUAUUGAGAAAUGCCACCGGUCAAUUCUCGUAGAGUUGUUCGAAACUGCGACAGUAUUUUAUUCAAUCCGUUUCGAUGAUAUAUUAUUCCUUUUCGCGCCAAAUCCCACAUCGCAACCAUGACAACGUAAAACUUUAAUGAGUAAUUCAUGUUGUCGUGCAUUCGUCUAAAUGUUGUUUCAGUGAUUCAUUGCAUCUCCUAGUAAUUGCAUUUUUAUCAUUUUGCAUCAUUUACUUGAGCAAACGUGAAAACGAUUUGAAUUAAGGCUAUAUGUCAGAAGGAGAAGAGGAAAUGUGUUGUCAUGAUACAAAAAAACAACGUGCAGGGCACAGAAACAACAUAGAACCACUCGAGUGAAUUGAUCAUAAUUAUGCUAUCCAGAAAAAGCAACAUUUGGAUCACAUUGUCUCAUGAGAGAUAUGUCUUUGUAGGAAUGUUGUCUUUAUAAUUGCGACGCAUGUCCCUCGGGCAGUUAUUUAAUUGGUAUCAUUCUUUGGUGUCAUCUGAAGCAAGCUUCGACCUCAGUGUCAUCACACAAGAGGCUUUUGAUGGCACAGGAGUGGAGACAAUACCGCCACCAAACUCAAUGCACUAUUGAGGAUUCGACUGUCAAAGUGUUUACUUCGUCAACCGAGGAAAGUUGUGCAGUGUGUGCCCAAGGGCUCACACCGCUUGUAUUGCUUGCCAAGAUUUUAAUGGAAUUAAUCCUUACAAAUGUGGCAACGACGACUCCACUUAAUGUUUACGUGAGAGGCUGGGAUUUUUGGUAGAUUUAUAACGAGAGGGAACGAUUCGAACAUGGAUCUAUUGACUUUGAGAGACCGAAGAACUCGCCUCUUGCGGAGCCGGGAGUACAUGCUCGCAGCGAACAGGCUGAGUAAGCCACCUCCGUGGCACAGCGGCGGGAGGCGGUGGGCAGUGUCCGCAUCAACGAUGGCCAUGUCGGAAAGAGAAAAGCAGUUGAUCCCGAGUCGAAGGGAGAGUUGUCCUCCAACUUUUUGGAGUUUGCAAAGGAGCGAACCAGCUCGGCCGGGGAUGAGGAGGGCCAAAACGGCCAAUGCCUCAAAUUACGCAGAAAGAAUAAGAUUCAAACCAGAACCCUACCGAGCAGAACCGUGCAAGGAAUGUGAUUCAAUAAAACAGUGCCUCAACAACGAGUUUCUCAAAAACUUCGAUGCUAACCAACUCAGACAUGUCGAAACGUCAACUCGAAAUACACUGCCAACUCAUAAAACAAUAUCCGAGGAGCGAAGAUUCAUCCUCGGUGAGAGGGGGUCGCAUUCAGCCCGAUAUGACCUCAAGCGACAUCGUGUAGUUCAUUUCUCGAGCGCGCCGACCACCAGCCAAGGUCCGAGACCAACUCAAGGGAACGUCGACGCCGAAAACACAGAUGCCGUACAUGACGUGGAGGGAGGGACCUGACGUAGGAUGUCCCUGUCGACGUGUGAUCUUCGGACAUCGGAAGCAUUUCCGUGACAUGGAGUGGCUCCGUGAAACCAUCAGACCUGGACAUGAGGGCGCCAUGCAAGUGAUGCAACAAGAGGUUUCUUUUGGUCUACAACUGAAGAUCAUACUAAAUGAAUAAGUCACGAUGACGGUCACGACAUGAUGUGUGUCUUCUUGUGUGACCGUCAGGUCUUGGUUUGUGUGUAUGGUUCCUAAAUGCAGUGGCGUAUCUCGGGAGGAAGAGAGGGGCGCGUGCCAUGGACUCCACUUACAUGAUCUUCCAUAUGGCAGUUAGGAGUCAAGGGGAUUAAAAUGAAAUGAUCCAGAUUUCAAAAAAAAAAUAGAAUAAAAACGGGAAGAGAUGGGAGGGGUGAGGAAGACAAAAAUAAGAACGCGAUAUGAGGAUUGGAGUAUUCCUCCAUGUCGAAUAUUGGAAGGAGCAAAAUGCAAGCACUGGCCGUGCCCGCCCUCUUUUCCCUAGAUACGCCAUUGCAAAAAUGACCUAUUUAACAUGUUGACAGCUAUUUCAUGUAUUUAAAACUAUGGAAACCUCACAAAUCUUACUUAAAACUUUGUGCAAUCAUAGUUAAUGUUUCCCAUCGUUUUUGUUUUCUUCAGUUAUCAUAAUGAUCACUGAUCGAUUAGCAACUUUACUUUUGCCGUCGAUCUGCAUACUGUGAAAUAUUGAUGGUUAAACAUUUUCACUUCAUAUCUAAUGGAACUAGUACAAAAUGAGGGAUAUAUCUUUUUAAUAGGUUUUAUUCAAGAUAACAAUAUGUCAAACAAUUUUAGAUUUUAAAUGAUGUAUAUACAUUGUCACACAAAAUGUCUACAAAUUAAAUAAGUUGGAUAGGCUCCAGCUAUCAAGUUAUGAUAAUUAGCUUUCUCAAAUUCACCGGAACAUUUUCCGAGAUAACUUUAAAAAUCUAGUCUGAAAAGGAAAAUGACAUACGAUGAGCAUUUUACUGAUAUAUUACACAAGAUUGUGCAGCUAUGUUGACAGGCAAUUUUUCUAGUAUCUUUUAAUUUUUAUUUUAUUUAUUCAUUUUU